UCUUCUUCUUCUUUCUUCGCUCCUCCUUCUCCAUUUUCUCACUCCUCGCAUAAUAUCAUAAAAUCCUUCCUGUUUUGUAGAGAAUAUUUUUCGACCGAGAUUUCCGGCAGCUCAAUUCCCAAGAUAACAAAAACAAAUCAAAUUAUUUUGUUUCCGGAUUUUCAUUCGGUUUUCUCAAUCACAAAAAAUCAUCCUCAAUAUUAUUCUAUUUAUUUCAAUUCAUAUUUUUUUUUGAGGGUUGAAUGCUUGAGCUGUGAUCAAAAGCACCAAAUUAACCCUGACGUCAUUUUCAGAGAAGACAAAAUAAAGAAGAAGAAGAAGAGUAUAGCGUGUGCAAAGUCAUUUUCGUCCUUCAACAGUUAUUCAGUUUUUGUUGAUUUAAUUAUUGCUUCGAAUUUUAAGGGGAAAAGGAUUGAAGAAGUUUUUGAAUAGAAGGCAGGCGUGUGUGCAGUUACUGUUGCUGUUGGUGUAAAACCCGACAACAACAGUAAUCAAUCGAUAACAACAACCCCGGACAAGAGGUGACAGGAAAGUAGGGGAGGGAGUUUCGAGUUUUCGAGAGUAACGUAACGAUGCUCACGUGCAUAACAUGUGCAAAGACGGACGAGAGAGGGGAAGAAGGAGGAGGAGGAGGAGGGCGUGGAAGUGGAAGUGGGAGUGGGACUCCAAAUACAAAGGAAUCUGUUAAAGGCAUCACAGCACAGAUAAAGGAUAUGGCAUUGAAAUUCUCUGGUGCAUACAAACAGUGCAAACCCUGCACAAGCUCAGGUGAUUUCAAGAAAGGAGAGAGGUCAUAUGUGGAAUAUGAUAGUGCAUCAGAAGGGGGUCGAUACUCUUACAUGCAACCUGGAAGUUCAAGCUCAACACCUGCUUGGGAUUUCAACAGCAGCACACAUCAUCAUAAUCGCGGUAUAAGAUCAUCGUCGAGGUUUGCUGGUGGUGGGUAUGGUGGUGAAAGGACUCCUAUUGGAGGAAGAGAUUCAAUUGCUGCUAGUGAUUUGGUUAUAGAAGAUGAAGAUGAACCUAAAGAAUGGAUGGCACAGGUUGAACCUGGUGUGCAUAUUACUUUUGUUUCUCUUCCUAAUGGAGGGAAUGAUUUGAAGAGGAUUCGAUUCAGCCGAGACAUGUUUAACAAAUGGCAAGCUCAAAGAUGGUGGGGUGAAAACUACGACAGAAUCAUGGAGCUUUACAACGUUCAAAGAUUCAACAGACAAGCACUUCAGACACCAGCAAGAUCAGAUGAUGAGGCAAGAGAUUCAACUUACACUAGAGUUGGAUCAGUAAUGGAGAGUCCUAUGACUAACAAAGAGUGGAUACCAAGAAAUUACUACCAACCUUCCAGUAAAUCAUUCUUCCCACCUGAACCAUCAGAACAAGGUUACAAUGCAGGGUCGAGUGCUUAUGGUAUGGGCGGUCAGAAUAUGGAACCAUCACGGACAACCACCUCGUCUAGGGAUGAUGUGUCGGUUAGUAAUGCAAGUGAGCUUGAAACGGAGUGGGUUGAACAAGAUGAACCAGGGGUGUAUAUUACCAUUAGACAGCUUGCUGAUGGGACUAGAGAAUUACGUCGUGUGAGAUUCAGCCGCGAAAAAUUUGGUGAAGUGCAUGCAAAGAUGUGGUGGGAGCAGAAUAGAGAGAGGAUACAAACUCAGUACCUUUAACCUAAUUUAUUUUUCCCCUUAGAGAGUUAACUCAAAGAAGGCUUCUGAUUUUGGCUAAUGCACCAUAUGAUAUUUAUCAGAGAAAAGUCUUACCAGAAUAUGGAUGUUCUGCACAAGAAAGAACUCAGAGAAGCAUGUUCAUAUUACAUAUUUUACAGCAGUUGAACUUGAUAUAUAUCUUCUCUGUAGUUUCACUCCCAGUUUGUUGGGGCAAGAUGCAAGUAACUGGGGGCUAUUUAUCAUCUUUUCUAAUCCUUUUAUCAUUUGUAUUUCUUUCUGAAUAUUCUUUCAUUCUUUUUUAUACCCUAUUUUCGCGAUUUUGCACAAUUAUCUUAAUGGAAGCUGCAAUUCUUAACUAGGUUGUUAUACAAACAAUGGAACACACAGGGGAAUUAUGUCUUU